UCUCAAUCAUUUUUCUUCGAUUUUUCUUCCGAUUCUGAAUAUUUAGUUUACACAGUUCUGAUAUCUAAGCCAAGGGUGUGCGCAUUGUGUUUUGUGUUAUUUGCGUCCGUUGCGUCUUGCGUCCUGCAACACUCCUAACACUUACAUAUCUGGGGCUGAACGAUAUAACUACCAAUACGUCUCCGGUCUAUUCCUGCUUGGGUAUCUAAAAUUUGCUUAACUUUUACUGUUAUUCCUGCUUAUUGUUAGUAUUAUCCUGGGGAUAGCAUCAAUAUAAGGAUUUUAAACUCAACACCCUUCGAAAUAAAAAUUCCUUUUUAAAUUUAUUUUACUCCCAUUACAGAAACAAAAUCAAAACAUUUAAACUUGAUCGACAAAAAUUCAAUUUUAUAUGCCGAUGCUUUAUGGAGUUUAAUAAAUAAUCCUCCUCAACGUUUAAAUGAGAGGGAACUAUCCGAAAAGGAAUUAAUUAAAGAAAUUUUGGAAGGUACUAGAGAACAUUUUGAAAAUUAUGUGGAUACUGUGUAUAGUGCACACAAAUCUGUUAGGCAUGGAUUUGAGGAGAACCCGCCAACUUGGGACUUCAAAAACUCCCUCUUCUUCACAGCUACAAUGCUAACUUCAAUAGGUUAUGGAUAUGUUUGUCCAACUACUUUUUAUGGGAGACUUUUUGGGGUGUUGUAUUGUAUUCCUCUUACUCUGGUCAACGUUGCAAACCUAGCCAAAUUUUUCACUGAAUUUGUUUUCUUCCUCCACUACAAAUUUUGGGCUAUUUGGGGAAAUUUAAGAGAUUUUUUUCGAAGUCGAAGCAAUAUACCUGGCCAAAAUUCAAAUGAAAAUAGUGGUGAAUUAAUAGGAGAAAAUGAUGACGAACAGAGUUUCUUGGAACGUGUCCGUCUUGUUCGUUUUCCACCAUUUAUUGCUUUUACCCUAGUUAUAGCCUAUGGCUUCCUAGCUGCUUUAAUAAUUCAAAAACAAUACGAAAUUAAAUGGACAUAUUUAGAAUCAUUAUAUUUUACUUUUAUAAGUAUAUUGACUGUUGGUUUUGGCGAUUACCGUCCCCAUCCAGAAAAUAUGUUUCCCGUUCUGAUUCUGGUUAUUUGUGGUGUUAUAUUCACUACUAUGUGUUAGUAAUUUAUAAUUCAGACAACAUCAAAAACGUCAAUUUUUCAAAAUGUCAAGAACUUAAAAGAGUCAUAAUGGGGAAACUCAUUUUGUCGAAAUACAGUAGAAAACUUGUUUUAUGGAAUUUGGACAUUAUGAACAAAAUUUUGAGAUUGGACAUUUUGAAAUACCGUAUUUUCUCUAAAAUAACUCCCGAGG